GUGAUCCAUUUAGAAUGUAAACCCUGGCAUUGAUCGGACGCAUAUAUCACUUUUCAAAACUCUUGGAGAACUCUGCUUCACUGUGGACGCGACGAUGGAAACGAUACUCUCGCAGCUCUUCGUACUCCCGUUCUCAGUCCUCCUGGUCGCAUCUCUGUCCCAUGCGAACCAUGAGGAGCAAGCAAGGAAGACCAUGGAGGAGUUCUCUGGUUAUCCAGCCAAUUCACCUCAUCCCCAAUACUCUAUGUCCCCAUCUUUGCUGUCAGUUGACAUCCAUGGCUUGCAGAGGCAGAUUGAUGAGUUAUCGUCCUUCUCCGAUGCUCCAGCUCCUGCCGUGACUCGCAUUCUGUACAGUCAGAAGGAUAUAUUAGCUCGGAGGCAUGUCAAAAGCCUUAUGGAACAAGCUGGAUUGUUAGUUCGUGAGGAUAUGGUUGGCAAUAUAUUUGGCCGAUGGGAGGGUACCGAGGCUGUACUUUCAGCAGUCGCUACUGGUUCUCAUAUUGAUGCAAUUCCUUAUUCAGGAAAAUAUGAUGGUGUCAUUGGUGUAUUGGGUGCAAUAGAAGCAAUUAAUGUACUAAAAAGGUCUGGAUUUCAGCCUAAGAGAUCGUUGGAAGUAAUUAUGUUCACGUCUGAGGAGCCUACACGUUUUGGAAUAAGCUGCCUGGGAAGCCGAUUAUUGGCAGGAAAUGCAGAGCUAGCUAAUGCUCUUAAGCAAGUUGUUGAUGGGCAAAAUAUUUCUUUUCUUGAAGCUGCACGAUCUGCUGGGUAUGCAAUACAUCAGGAAGAUCUGUCUAACGUUUUCCUGAAGAAAGAUAACUAUUUUUCUUUUGUAGAAUUGCACAUAGAGCAAGGACCGAUUCUUGAAGAGGAAGGCAUUCCAAUUGGCAUUGUCACUGCAAUUGCUGCUCCUGCAAGUAUGGCUCUUGAUUUUGAAGGGAAUGGUGGUCAUGCUGGAGCUGUUCUUAUGCCAGCUAGAAAUGAUGCAGGAUUGGCCGCUGCCGAGUUAGCAUUGGCUGUUGAAAAACAUGUCUUGGACUCUGGUUCCUUUGACACUGUUGGCACUGUAGGUGUCAUGGAGCUACACCCGGGAGCAAUCAACAGUAUACCGAGUAAAGCACAUAUAGAAAUUGAUACACGUGAUAUUGAUGAAGAAAGAAGGAAUAUUGUAGUCAACAAGAUUCGUCAAUCUGCUAUCAGGAUAGCUGAGAAUCGUGGUGUCGUUCUAUCAAAAUUUAAAAUUGUAAACCAGGAUCCUCCUGCUCUCUCGUCUGAUUCAAUAAUAUCCACAAUGGAAGAUGCAGCAGAACAGCUGAAUCUCAGUUUCAAAUUAAUGAUUAGUAGAGCCUAUCAUGAUUCCCUAUUCAUGGCCAGGAUAUCACCUAUGGGCAUGAUUUUCAUUCCGUGCUAUAAAGGUUAUAGCCAUAAACCUGAAGAGUUUGCCUCUGCUCCGGACAUUGCAAAUGGCGUGAAAAUGUUAGCUCUUACGCUGGCGAAACUAUCUGCCAAAUGACUCCCACUCUGAAUAAUUUUUACUGGUUUUAUGAAGUCAUGGUGAAGGGAAGUUGCCCUCUAGAAAAGAAUAAUUCUUUGCUCAUACACAUUAUUUUAUAUAUUGUUACCUGUGCCGUGUAAAUUUGUAAAUCCCAAAACUUGAUGGCUUAUACUGACUCCUGACUUCUGGCCUUUCAAGUUUAAAGGGGUUGAUUCUAAUAAUACAUAAUUGGUGCAACUCUCAAUUAGUCGAAGUCGUAUUUUUCUCGCAUCAAUAA